CAACAAUCGCUAUGAGAAAUCUCUUAAGCUUCUGCAUUUUUUUCCUUAUAGCUCUUGCAAAUUUGUUUGCUCUAACGAGAGCUGCAAUCCCUGCAAAGCGCUUUUAUGCUCCAUUUAAUCGAACUAGCUUCCCUCCUGAUUUUGUUUUUGGCGCUUCAUCAGCUGCUUAUCAGAUCGAAGGAGAGGCGCUUAAAGGAGGAAGAGGACCUAGUAUAUGGGAUACUUUUACUCGCCAGCACCCAGAAAAGAUCUUUGAUGCUUCUACAGCAGAUGUGGCUGUUGAUUUCUACCAUCGCUAUAAGGAAGACAUUCAACUGCUUAAGCAAGUGGGAUUAAGAGCUUUCAGGAUGUCUAUCUCUUGGUCUCGAAUUUUACCAUAUGGGAAGGUUAGCAAAGGAGUGAAUCCAGAAGGCAUUAAAUUCUAUAAUGAUGUUUUCAACGAGCUAAUCGCUAAUGGUAUAAUUCCUUUUGUGACUCUAUUCCAUUGGGACACACCACAAGCCCUUGAAGAUGAAUAUAAAGGGUUUCUCAGCUCAAAAAUAGCGAAAGAUUAUGGUGACUUUGUGGACAUUUGCUUCAAAGAAUUUGGGGAUAGAGUUAAGCAUUGGAUAACUCUAAAUGAACCACUUUCUUAUAGCAUGAAUGGAUAUACAAAAGGAACCUUUGCACCAGGAAGAUGUUCUAAAUAUGUAGGUAAUUGCACUGAGGGUAACUCUGCUACUGAGCCAUACAUUGUUGGUCACAACUUGCUUCUAGCACAUGCAACUGCUGUUAAGAUCUAUAGAGAUAAAUAUCAGAAAAGUCAGAAAGGGCAAAUAGGAGUUACUCUGGUCACUCAUAUGUUUGUGCCCAAAAUCAAUACACCUCAAGGACUCAAGGCCCCACUAAGAGCUCUUGAUUUUAUGUUGGGAUGGUUUUUGGAUCCAAUAACAUAUGGUGAUUACCCGGCAAGCAUGCGAGCUAUGGUAGGACGUCGGCUCCCAAGAUUCACAGUUGAGGAAUCAAAGCUAGUGAAAGCAUUAAAGGACGGAAAACCUAUUGGCACACCGACUGCCUUGGAUUGGCUUUUCAUUUAUCCAAAAGGAAUCUAUGGUCUCAUGCUUCACAUCAAGGAAAAAUAUAACAAUCCUCCCAUUUACAUCACUGAAAAUGGGAUGGCAGAAGCCAAUAAUAGCACAAUGUCACUUAAAGAAUCUUUGAAUGAUGAUAUGAGGAUAAAGUAUUAUGAGGGCCAUCUAUUGUUUUUAUCAAAAGCUAUAAAGGCUGGAGCAAACGUUAAAGGACAUUUUGUGUGGUCGCUCUUAGAUGAUUAUGAAUGGGAUGCUGGUUUCACUGUGCGAUUUGGCCUCACUUUUGUUGACUACAAGAAUGGUCUUAAACGAUACCAUAAGAAAUCUUCUUACUGGUACAAGAAAUUUCUAUUGUACACUGGCCUAUAAAUUAUGUUACUCUUUCUAGUAGCUCUACUUUGGAAAAUUGCAUUUUAAUUUAGAGAUCCAUGUGAAUUUUAAGAGCUCUACUUGCACUCUCUGUUGAGUGUUGACAGAAAAUAAAUGACGUUUACUUUUAUGUCUUCAAGAAUAACAUGGGAGCACCUCCCUAUUAAUUUUAUC